GGGCGAGGCGCGCCGAGCGCGUCGCUCGAGGCGGAGGAGGCGCGAUGGCUCCGCAGCGGCGGGCGCUGCCCCGCGGCCCCGAGAGCGCCGGGCCGGGGCCGGGGCCGGGCCGCGCCGCCCGCCGGCACAGCAGCUCCAGGAAGGGCAGACUCCAGCAGGAUCCCCGAGGAACGUGGCUGAAGGCAGCGAUCCUCCUCCUCCUCCUCUGCGCCGCGGCCGGCGGCGGCCUCGUGGUGUGGAGCGGCCUGCGCGGCCAGGACGGGAUCCCUGAGGGUGGAAUCUCCACAGAUGAGAUCCCCGAGGGUGGGAUCCCCGCAGAGGAGGUCACCGAGGUGCUGGCCCGUCGCAGUGACACCCUGCAGGAGCGGUUCAUGGAGGUGCCCUGCUCGGAGGACUACGGGAGCCAGCAGCGCUUCGCAGGUUGCACUCCUAGGAAGUGUGGAAGAGGUGUGACAGAUGCUGUAAUCACAAGGGAAGAAGCUGAAAGAAUUCGUAGAAUAGCAGAGAGGGGACUGUCCUUGGGAGGAUCUGAUGGAGGGGCAUCAAUUUUGGACUUGCACUCUGGAGCUCUUUCCCUGGGGAAGCAUUUUGUUAAUUUGUACAGGUACUUUGGGGACAAAAUUCAGGACAUCUUCACAGAAGAGGAUUUUGCCUUAUACCGGGAUGUGAGGCAGAGGAUUCAGCAGAGGAUUGCUCAGGUGUUUGGGAUCAGCUCUUCUGCCUUGUACCUGACCAAGCCAACCUUCUUCUCCAGGAUGAACAGCACGGGAGCCAAGACAACACACGAUGAGUACUGGCACCCACACGUGGACAAGGUGACCUAUGGCUCUUUUGACUACACUUCUCUGCUCUAUCUCUCUGACUACUCCAAGGACUUCGGGGGUGGACGCUUCGUGUUCAUGGAUGCAGAUUCCAACAGGACCGUGGAGCCCCGAGCAGGGCGGGUGUCGUUCUUCACCUCGGGCUCGGAGAACCUGCACCGGGUGGAGCGGGUGCGCUGGGGCACGCGCUUCGCCGUCACCAUCUCCUUCAGCUGCGACCCGCAGCACGGCAUCGCCGACCCGCUGCUGCCCUGACCGCCCCGCAGGGCUGCUCUGGGGAGAGAGGGGGAAACCAGCUCCUGCCACCUCGCACGCAGUCAGAGCUGCCCAGCUCUGGGAUCACACCUUGGUUUUUACGGCUCUUUUUCCAUCGGCAUCGAAAACGUGGCUUAAGGACCAUCCUGAGUUUGAUGCUUCUGAAAAUGGUUUGUCUUCAUGUGCCAAAGGAACAGGCUCCACAAAGAAGAGAGAACAGGCUCCACAAAUAAGAGAGAAUGGGCACCACAAAUAAGAGAACAGGCUCCACAAAGAAGGGAGAAUGGGUACCACAAAUAAGAGAGAAUGGGCACCACAAAUAAGAGAGAACAGGCUCCACAAAUAAGAGAGAACAGGCUCCACAAAGAAGGGAGAACAGGCUCCACAAAUAAGAGAGAACGGGCUCCACAAAGAAGGGAGAACAGGCUCCACAAAGAAGGGAGAACAGGCUCCACAAAGAAGAAACAAUGAGCUCCACAAACAAGCAAGAAUGUGAUCCACAAAGAAGAAAUAGUGGGUUCCACAAAGAAUGGACAACGGGUUCCACAAAGAGAGGAUGGGCUCCACAAAGAAGAGAAAGGGAACUCUUCAUUUUUAAAAUACUUUUAAAAAGUUCUUCACUUCGAAAGAUACAAACAGUCUUCUGGGCCAUGCCUUGAUGUGACUCCCCAGGCUGCUGUUACCUGUUCAGUUCUUUAGUCUCUUCAUUACUAAUGUGGUGUAGAAAGUCUGAGCCUAAGUUAAUUGAGACCUGAGUUAAUUGAAUGUUCCUCUCUAGAACUCUCAACCUUCUGCUGACAGGGAUGGAUUCUCUUGAGUGUGGGAUUUGUGUGGAAUACCCCUGGGACUUGAACUUUUUUUAAAUUUAAUUACUACUGAUUCAAUGUUCAGGAAGUCUCUCAGUAGCUAUUUUUUUACUUCUCUUUUCCAGUUUAGUAUGAAGACUUUCUCUGUUAAUGAGGAUCCUGAAUAUUAAAUUGCAGGGACUUCCACGAGGAGCUGUGUGCAAACACAUGCAUAAUCUUGACAAAUACUUUGGGUUUUUUACUGCAAAGAUUUCUGUGGGUCAGGAAGUUGAUAAAUAAAUGGUAGAAAAAACCUAAUUUUUUUUUCCUCAAUCAAAUUCUCAAAUAACCACAUCGAUCUGGUUUAUUACCUGAGUGUAUAAUUUCUGUGAAACACUGAAAAUCUGGGAAUGUGCUUUGAUUUUUUUUAAAUUUUAUGCAUAGAGUUUGGACUUUAUAAUGUACCCUUUUAUGGAAAUAAUAAAUACUGGGGGGAAUUAUAUUGAAGAUCAAUAUAAAGAGGAAUAAGAGGACACUUGGACUUGUGAGGGCUCUCAUUGGGCACACAGCAAGAUUAGUCCUCUGUAAUUUCAUUUCUUUCUUCUGAAACCUGAAAAAGUCUUCCUUGUCUGUACUAACAAGGGAGAAUUGUUAAAUUGGCUGGAUGCAAGAAAAUAUUAAAGUCACUUGAGUUUCAUAUUGAAA